UAAUGCUACCUAAAUUAAAUCAAGCUUCAUCAGUAUAAUAUGUGAAAUCUCAAGAAGAUUUAAGCAUAAAUGAAGCCAAAAGACGUUAAAAAUAACUUGAGUUAGAAUAACAAAAUGUUGAAAACAGAAUCAAAUAACUUACUAAAGAGAAUGAGAAACUGUCCAAAAAAGUUUAAAUGGCUGAGUAAUUAGCUCUAGAUGUUUAUGCUUCACGUCUUGCUUAGAAGAUUAAAGUAAUUGUUUAUUUCUUAAAAAAUACUUAGAAAGAACAGAAAUUACAAUAAUAAUCUACUGUUGAUCCAUUGAAAUAUUAAUAAACUUAAUAUGAAAGAAUGAAUCUUAGGAAAAUGAAAUAAGAAGUAAAAGAAAUGAAACAUAAUGAUGCAUAAUUGAUGAAAAAAUCAAUUAAAUACGAAUUGAUGAGAGCUAAUGAAGAAUAAGUCAAAAAAGCAUAAAAUUUGAAAUUAAGAGCUGCUUUAAUUAAAGAAGAUGAGAAAUUAUCUUAGGCAGUGAUUCAAGAGAAAUUGUUAGAGAAAUAAUAGAAAGUUAGAUUAUUAUAAGAACUUGAAAAAUAAAAGAUUCUAAUGGAAAAUGAAAAGUAUGAAUACUAAAUCAAAUAAUUGGAAGCUUAAGAAAUUAAAUUAGUAGAAAAAUUACAAGCUACACAAUAGAGAGAAUAAGAUGUUAAAUAAAAACUAAUGGCAGCAACUAGACUAGCUCCAGAAGAAUUUGAUAGAACUUACUUGGGUGGUUAAUCAAUCAUUUGUGAGUAAGGGAAUCAAGUAAGAUCAUAAAUAUAUAUAUAUAGGAAAAAACUUAAGAAGAACAGAAGGAAUAAUUAGAAGAACCAGAAAAAAAUGAUUAAGAAGAAGCUAAAGAAGGAUAAUAAGGGACAUAAACUGAUUGAA